ACCGUUUUCCCCAUCCCCUCCUAUUAUUCUUAUUCUUUUGAGUAUUCUUCAUUGUCAAGCCGCCAAAGUGGAGAGUGUGAUUGCAGAAGGGGGUGCUUCUCGUUUCAGUGCUUCUUCGGGGGGAGGAGGUGGUAGGGGUGCACCUCAGCACUAUCCCAAGACUGUCGGCAACAGCAUACUCAACAAACUCACGCCUGAAAAGUUUGACAAGCUAUGCCUUGAGCUCCUGAACGUGGGCGUAGAUUCAAAACUCGUCCUUAAAGGAAUCAUCUUGCUGAUUGUAGACAAAGCCCUAGAAGAGCCGAAGUAUAGCUCGCUCUAUGCUCAGCUAUGUCUGCGCUUGGCAGAGGACGCACCAAACUUUGAUGGCCCUUCAUCUGAGAUCCAAACAUCCCAAAAGCAGAGCACAACCUUCCGAAGACUGCUGAUUUCCAAACUUCAAGAUGAAUUUGAAAACCGCACCAGAAAUGUUGAAAUCUAUGACAAACAUGACAACCCUCUUACUUCUGAAGAGGAGGAGCAGCGUAACAUUGCCAAGAUCAAGAUGCUUGGCAACAUUAAAUUCAUCGGGGAACUUGGCAAACUCGACCUCAUCCACGAAUCUAUCCUUCAUAAGUGCAUCAAAACACUCCUGGAAAAGAAGAAGAGAGUCCAGCUCAAGGAUAUGGGAGAGGAUCUGGAGUGCCUCUGUCAGAUAAUGAGAACAGUGGGGCCGAGACUCGACCAUGAGAAAGCAAAGUCUUUAAUGGAUCAGUACUUUGGCCGUAUGCGCUCCUUAAUGAACAACAAGGAGUUGCCUGCUAGGAUCCGCUUCCUGCUGCAAGACACAGUGGAACUGCGAGAAAACAACUGGGUCCCCCGCAAGGCUUUCAUCGACAACGGACCAAAGACGAUUAACCAGAUCCGUCAGGAGGCAGUUAAAGAUUUGGGGGUUUUCAUCCCAGCACCCAUGUCUCAGGGAAUGAGGAUGGACUUCUUCCUGGAAAGCCCCUUCAUGCCCAACAGAGUGAAACUGGACAGGGAGACUCUCGGGGGUUUGGCCGAUAUGUUUGGACAGAUGCCAGGCAGUGGGAUUGGAACUGGCCCGGGGGUUAUUCAAGACAGGUACUCGCCCACUAUGGGACGCCAUCGCACCAACCCGCUCUUCAACGGCCACAGCGCCCACAUCGCCCCUCAGCCGCAGUCACAGUUCGAAAUGGGGCCAAAGUCUUUUGUUAAGUCCAACCAGGUUCAGAACCAGCAUUUCAUCAACCAGAACCAGAACCAUACAGCCCAGCAGCAGGUCCAGUCCAAGGACAUGCCUCCACGAUUCAGCAAGAAAGGACAGCUCAACGCAGACGAGAUCAGCCUCAGACCUGCUCAGUCAUUCCUCCUCAACAAGAACCAGGUUCCCAAGCUCCAGCCCCAGAUCCCCAACAUGAUGCCCCCCAGCGCCCAGCCCCCACGCACUCAAACCCCCCCUCUGGGACAGCCUCCACAGCUUGGCCUGAAGACCAACCCUCCACCCAUCCAAGAGAAACCUCAGAAGAUAAACAAGAAGCCUCCUCCUGCCCGGGAGGAGCUGCUGAAAAUGACGGAGGCGAUCAUGACUGAGUACUUAAACAGUAAGAACCUGACUGAGGCUGUGAGCGCUGUACGAGAGAUGAAGGCUCCCAAGCACUUCCUGCCUGAGAUGCUGAGUAAGAUCAUCGUCUGUUCCCUGGACCGCCCUGAUGAGGACAAAGAGCACGCCAGUACUCUGAUCCACACACUGCGUACUGAAGGCCUCAUCACCGGAGAGAACUUCAUGCAGGCCUUCCUCACCGUCCUGGACCAGUGCCCUAAGAUCGAGCUGGACGUGCCCCUGGUGAAGUCCUUGGCCCAGUUUGCAGCUCGGGCCAUCAUCGCAGAGCUGGUGAGCGUGGCAGAGCUGGCUCACCCCCUGGAGAACGGCACCCACUUCCCCCUCUUCCUGCUCUGCCUGCAACAGACGGCCAAGCUGAAGGACCGGGAGUGGCUGACCGACCUUUUCCAGCAGAGCAAGGUCAACAUGCAGAAGAUGCUCCCAGAAAUCGAUCAGAACAAGGACCGCAUGCUGGAGAUCCUGGAGGGGAAGGGCCUGAGCUUCCUUUUCCCGCUGCUGAAGCUGGAGAAGGAGCUGCUGAAGCAGAUUACGGCAGACCCCUCUCCACAGUCCAUCUACAAGUGGAUUAAAGACAACAUUUCGCCCAAGCUUCACACUGACAAAGGCUUUGUCAACAUCCUCAUGACCAGUUUCCUCCAAUACAUCUCACAGGAGCUGUGUGUGGCGGAGGGUGACGAGCAGCUGGCGGCCCCCUCCAAAGAGCAGCUGGAGCAGGAGAAACAGCUGCUGCUGGCCUUCAAGCCCGUCAUGCAGAAGUUCCUGCAUGACCAUACCCAGCUGCAGGUCAGCGCCCUGUACGCCCUGCAGGUGCACUGCAACACCAGCACCUUCCCUAAAGGCAUGCUGCUGCGCUACUUUGUCAACUUCUACGACAUGGAGAUCAUUGAAGAAGAAGCCUUCCUCGCAUGGAAAGAAGACAUUACUCAAGAAUUCCCUGGAAAAGGAAAAGCUUUAUUCCAGGUCAACCAGUGGCUCACCUGGCUGGAGACGGCGGAGGAGGAGGAGUCUGAGGACGACGCCGAUUGAGACGCCAAACAGAAGCAUUAUGUUGUAGAAGAUCGACCUCAUCUUUAUUAUUACAGUCGCCUUUCUUUAUUAAACUCCAUGCUUAAGUUAACCACUACCACGUGGCACUCGGCUACUUCUGGCUUGCAAAUCUAAAAAAAAAAGAAAGAAAAAAGCUUGUAUCUGUAGAGGGCCUCAUGUGUUACCAUGACGAUACGCUGAGAAGCAUCUUUUGAUCUGUUGCCUGAUGGAUGUUUGAUUCUGGAUCCGUGUCCUGAUCAGCUAUGAAUUCUGAAGUGGCUCAUCCACGUGUUUUACUUUCUUCUGUUGUUUUUGCUCUUAAUGUGUUGAGUUUGUAACUUUUUCAGUUUUGCAUGUUUUUCAUUUCCACUCAAUUUUUACUGAUUUGACGCUCCCAAUCGUUAGGAAACAAAGAGUCCCCCUGAAACUAUUAGCCCUCUUUCCUAAUGCUAGCUUAAGACCAUUAACAAAAGGUUGCAUCAGUGACCUGCUUUGUGAUCUUCUGUAAGGGCCCAGCCUGGAUUUGUCUUCAAUCACACUCGGGUGUCUUCUUUAAUCAACAGCAGAGAGGAUGUAAACACAGCAGCACUCUGCUUUUAAAUCAGAACGAGUGAUGGGCGGUAGAGGCGACCCGCUGGAGUGAGAGCAAAGCAGAAGCUGGCAGGAUAUUUCCAGAAGUAUUUAAGAUUCAUGUGUAGUUGGCUUAUAAACGAAUCCUAUUUGAUUUGACUGUUUCUCUUUUACGUGUCCCUCCUUGUCGUCUUUUAUUACUUGAGUGAUUGCAAUACUCAUGGUCCUCCAAAUGUAACAAGAUUUACAAAAGUUGUAAUCAUUGGUGUGCCGCCGUAAAGUUUCAAAGUUGCCUGUGUUUCUACCUCUUAGUUAGAUGGGCUUUUUUUUUCUUUUUUUUUGUGCUGGGAUAAUAAAUCUACUAAAGAGGAAAAAAAAAAGCGAGAGCCCAUGCACACGCAAGUAUUUUGAGUUAGUCCUGGCCUAUAAUUGCACAAUAAAAGAAUUGAAGCAGAUUUGUUGAUGUGAAGCUUAACAUGGUUUACAAGUAUUAAUGUUGAAGAACUAGGAAAAGUUGUUUUUUUUUUUAAAGAGGGUCCUCUUUGAAAAGUGUAACUGUUAAAAAAAUCGGGAAUUCAGAGUGGCCUGUUUAUUUAGAAAUACUCAAAAAGGUUAAUGAAUUAAGUUGCUUUUAAUGAUUUUCUUAAAAUUCACAGAUAAAGCAAACCAUCCAGAUAGGCUGUAAAUGACCCUUUCCUGCUUAAAAAAAAAAAAACUCAUCUAACUGCUAAGUAAUGAUCAACUUUUAUCGAAGAAUUGUGCUCACAGGCCGUGUUCAAAAUUACUGUGCACCUCUAUUGCGUUACUGUCAAUAAAGACCAGUACAUGAGCAG